AUGACUUCUACAAAUGACGGAAAAGAAGUGAAAAGUAAUCAAGCUUGUAGCGCAAAAGGAAAAAGCUAUUUUAUUGAACUUUAUAAGACCUUGGAAUCUCGUCUCUCCGGUGACUGCUCAGGGCUAGAGAGGACCGAGCUUGUGUGCGAGGCGUGGAGGCACAUUCACAGCCUCUGCAGCCAUUCAGCACCUUCCACUCACCCACAUCUACUUUGCUGGGUGCAACGGCACACUGCUUUAACUAUUUUGCAGACAGAAUGGACAAACUGCCAAGAUCAGCAGGCCCUACUUGUGGAGGCUAUAGAUGCAUUUCUGAAAGACAGUGAAGCAGCUAUCUUGAAGCGAGAUGGGGUCAGCAAGCAGUGGGAGCUACAACUACAGACUCAAUCGCAAUGGUUCAAGAGGAUCUUGCCAAAUCCCUGGGACCAUCCUGUACUUAAAGCUCUACUGGAUCAGGAUCAGACCUUAAGUGACAAUGAGAUUCUAGAAUGGUUGAAGGAAGAGUGUGGUGUGAUGUUCGCGACGCGUCUGCGUCAUAUGGCUUCGAUCAAAUCGUGCGUGGAUCUAGCGCUCCGACUAGCGACUGAGGUAAUGCAGCGCGCGCGCGUCUGCGUUAAGCUUUUGCCGGACUCUGAACAGAUAGACUUGAAGGAAACCACUGUGGCAGUUGAAGAUGGCACAUUUUCAGCUAUCUUAAAAAAGGAAGCCGGGUUCACACCAGAGGUCUGGGAACUCAUUACAGAUUUGGAGUUUAUUCUCCUUCACAAGACAACACGACGUUCCUGCAUAAAAUUGGCAAAACAAGUACCCUUACGCGACGCUUGCCAACUGGUCGAGCGACUUCAAAAUCGCCCAGCUAUAUUUCCCAAAGAGAAGAAAAUAUGGAAGAACGCCAAAGCAGUCGCUUUAUUAAUUGCACAGGUAACCAUAACGCGGUGCAUGGUCGUGCCGAAUUGUCGCGGGGCGGUGCUAAUGGCGCUUUACGGCUGCACGCGCUCCAUGGUCCGUCUUAUGACCGAGACCGACCAACUGAGCACAGCCAGCGGAGCGCUAGCUGCUCCAGCUGCUACUGCGCAUCAUCUGCACACCAUGGCAGCUGCUGUGCAUAAACAGUUAAAAGGCGAGAGAAUCCAGUUAACCUGCCAGCUAUACGUUCGUGCGAUCACUGCUGGUAUGAACGAACUAGAGAAACUUAAAUUAGACAAGGAUAAGUCUGCAGAAGCGCGUUCCACAGAGAAAACGCUGUCUACGUGGUUUAAAAACCUAGGUACCCUUUUAUCGAAGAGCAACCGGCUUCAAUAUGAGUGUGUAUUGACAGCCUUCUCUGUACAUCCUUCACCUAUAAUGUACGAAGAGGUUAAGAGCGCACCUGCAUUGGAACCCAUCAAGGACACUCAUGAAAUAAAUUCAGAAACAACAUCAGAAUUCGGAAGUUGGGCCACAGACAGUAGGACACAGACCAACUUGGUGAAGACAUCAGAGACACUGAAAAUAAAGAAGACACAACAACAAGCUAACAUAUUGUCUACAUCAAUAUUCUCCGAAGGCGAAGCGCUAGGUCUUGACCCAGAGCUUUGCAAUGAUUUAGCUGUACUUCUAUCAGGUCCGAGGGUAAAAACUCUUACAUGGGACAUGGAACGUGAGGUGCUACUAGAUAACUGCAGGGCGUAUAUGAAACGUACUGACUUUGGUACGCGGGCUCUUACGACUGAGCUCAAAUUUCUUAACUUAGAUCCACGGUCCUUCCAGCACCUACCAGAGGAAGUGAACAAUGAAGAUGAUAUUUACUAUGGCAUUGAAAAGGGCUAUGAACAUUUAGUAGAAUUACAAGAACCACUCGCGGAUGCUGUGCCCCCAGAAAUCUGGCAAGAAGCCUUCUAUGAAAGCCCAUCGCCAAGCAGUGAUGAUUCUACUGUUGUUAGACGCAGAAGAAAGAAGAAGAAAAUUCCUGCUGUCAUUUCAUCUAUGUUGGAAGAUCCACUCAAACUAGACGCAGUUAGACAGCCUGAGACAACAGGUUUGGACACUGUAGAACACAGCCGAGACAGUGGGCAAUCCAACGUUUGUAGAGACAUUGAUGAAACGUCAAAAAUCGAUAAAACAAAGGUGCGGCUGAAAGAAAAGAAAUUAGCUAAGGAUAAGAAGGAUGUUAAAGAAAAGAGCAAUUCAAGGGAAAAGAAAAAAGCACCCACAGAAACACAACCCAAAAAAGAAGCUGCUUCAAAUAGUGCAUUAAACAAACUCGUUAAUAUGAAAUUUAAAAAUAACAGUGAACUACGCAAACUUAUUAAACACACUGAGAGAAUGAUGUAUCCAACGAGACCACUCUGUAGUAAAGAAAUAAUAGUCAAUGCUGCACAAGAGAGCUCUAAUGUUAUUAUUGAUGGUUUGUUUUCUGUGGAUGACAUGAAUUUACCAGAAUGUAAUUUAAAUACAAAUUACCUAACUCAAACUGUGGAUACAAUAAAUUCUGCAUCACGAACAGUGCCUAACAAUAACAGACCUAUAAGUAUAAAAGCUAACAAUGCACACAUAGACGACAGCGAAGAGAAAACUGAUAUAAAAAAACUUCUUGAAUUUCGUCGUGAUAAUUUUGUGAGAUCGCACCAGUUGGGUCUUAAAGAAUAUUCAGGCGUUCAUUCAUUGGGCACAAUGGCAAAAUCUGACAAUAAAUUGUCAUUGGGUCAGAGUGAAAUGUCCGGAACGAAUUUAGAUGAAAAUAUCUUAAAAAAUCAUAAUAUUCCGUCGUCUGUUAAUUAUUCCAUUCCAAAUGAUAUAAUAGAUAAUACAAGCCACAAGAAACAAAAUGAGUCGCCAAGUCAAAGGGCGUUUGAAGAAUUUCUUUUAUCUAGAUCCCACGCCGUAAGCAACGUUUUCCCACCAAAAACCAAGACUGAAAGUCAAAAUUCACUACCAAUAAAAAACUCAAAUAGUACCACAAGGCAGUCAUUUCCAACUUACCAGAAGAUACACCAAACUACUAAAGAGUCUUUACCGCGCUCUGAAAUUUCUACUUCAAUGAACAACAAACAACUUUCUUCCGCUUCGAAACAAGAUUUUUUAUCUAUUAUGUACGAUCCAAGUCAAAAGAACUUUCAAGGUUUUUUGAAAGGAUACCAUCAAAGCAUAAAUUCCGGGACCCUGCCGAAACAAAUCCUUGAAACGAAACUCGCAGACAGCAGUGUGGGCACAAAAAUUUCAAAGACGUCUAAGAUAGCAGAACAUGCCCCAAAUACUUUUUCUCGUCUCAGCUAUCAUAAAAAUAAACAGAUCGAACAGAAAUUAAGAACUGAGGAGGAAAAAAGGGCCAAAACUUAUCGCUUGUCAUCUGCUACCCAUGAAUUAAGUAGCAUCCUACCAACCAAUCUACAAAGAGCAGCUGAAAUUCAAAUUAAUAGAAUUAGUAAAAAAGCUAAUGCCUCCAAUGUAUCGACCGUAAAAAAACCUCAGCAAACGGUACCGCAGCUCUACCACGAUCAUCAGACGCUACUUCAUGCAAUACAGACACAAAAUUCAUUUACAAAUAAUGUUACUCAAAAUAAAGUUUCCAUUACUAAAGAUAUAAAUGCGAAAAAUGUUAUUAUUGAGAAAUCGAACAAGUCCAGGCUGUCUAAUAAAGAUCAAAACGAUAUCUUACAUCUACUAAAGCAAAAAGGCAGACUUGAUGCAUCUAAUGCUCUUAUGUCCGUUUCAACGAGGUCGGAAUUUACCGUGCCAGUAAGUUCUAACGACCCUUCCACUUGUACAAUACCAAGCGUUAGGAACGAUGCUCCUACUCAAGGCAAACAACAAACCGCGACAAAGGUUGAAAAUACAUCGAACUCUAAAAUUUUAGACUUUAGAGACGUAAAUAAGCAAGAAAUUAUGCAGCGUGGCAGCGAUUUUAGAACUGAGACUUUGGGUUCAGUUAUCAAACCAUGUAACUUAAAUACAAAUUAUGUUCAAAGAGAGCAAGACAAUGUUAAGAUGUAUGAUACAAAAGCAGAGAGCUGCCAUUUUAAUGCAUUAAAACAUAACAAUCUCAAUAAUAGUGAAUCCAUUAAGAAUUUGUUAAGCGUCAGUAGUGAUUUUAACAUAAGAAAACCAAAUAUGAUUAAUCGAAAAUUAAAUCAUUCAAAAGACGCUAAGCACUGCGCAACUGAGAAAUUACCUACAUCUGAUACAUUUAAACUAAAGUAUGAUCCUAAUAGAGCAAUUGACAGUUCACUUAAGGCAGGUGCGGUGAAGAAAAAGGUAGGACCAAAGAAAAUGAUGUCCCAAAAGAAAGAUGACACAACAUCAGUACCUGUCCGACCCAAUUGGGAAAGUGUACUCAAUGAUCUACUAAAACACAAAACUCCAAGUCGCGGACCGAAUGCGCUUGAUGUAGCUCUUAAAAAGAAUAAUAUCGAGAAAAAUGUGUCACAGUUAAACGAUGAUUUAAAUAAAGCAACUGCAAAAGAAAUUGUUAGGAAUGAAAUAACUAACACAUCGGAUAGCAAGCCGAUACUUGCACCACGGUCGAAAACACUACAGCCUACUACAAAAUAUUUCGAAAUGAAAACAAAUCCAGAUCCUUUUAUUUCUGGCAUUCCCAACUCCGAUUAUGACUUACUGGAUGAACUCAUAGAUGAUGAUCUUCGACAAGAAAUACGUGAACUUUCAGAUGAUGAGACUUAUUCUCCAAUGGACUUGUAUACUCCUAGCGAAAAAGUCACCCUACCAGGAACCGGCGUUAUUCUGGCAAAUCCUACGGCCACCUCGCAGCCUUGCUCCAUAGACAAAACGAAAGGUCAAAACAAAGUAAUAACAUGCGUUGACCCAAAAAGUGUUAUAAUAUCUAACCCACAAAAAAUCAAUGACAACAAGAACGAUAACGAACCUCGAGUACUUUUCAAUGAGUUAGUCGUAAAUAGACUACAAAUGCAUCUUAAUAGCGGUAACCAAAAUAAUUCAAACGUAUCAUUAGACGCAUCUCGACCGAAGAAGACACUUGUAAAGGAAUCAAGUCGGGUCAAUAAACCCGUUACUUCUGCGUUUUUGUCAAAAAAUAUUGCUGUAACAGCUCGGACUGGUAAUUCGUUUGUAACGUCACCUGCUUUGCAAUCCAGUAUGAAUAUAAAACAAAACACGAAAUUUGUGAACCCGUUACCAUCAAUCUCCCUGAGGAGUAGCUGUAUCAAAAAUAAACAUCAUAACUCUAGGUUGAAUUCAUCUUCAAGUUUGAUAUCGACUAAUGAAAAGCAAGUUUGUCAAAGAUCAAAUUUGGCGGCUGCUAACGCUUUAAUUUCGCUGUCGAAUAAUGUCAACAUAACUCUCAGCACAAAAUUAUCAAGUUCGCGAAUCAAGUCAAAAGAAACUUCUAUGUCGGUGGGCAUGAUAACGCCAAAUAACAAAGCUUCUUUGAAGCCUGCGAAUGAUACUACGAUAAAUCCGUUAUCCACUAUUACACCCAAGAAAGAAAAAUCCGAAGACCAAAUUUCAACGGAAGUUAUUCAAGACCAAAACAUACAAAAUAAUAGUGUAAUUGUAACCGGCUCUGUAAAUCAAUGUGAUAAAAAAAUUAUCAAUGAUGUGAUGACCGCUAACAUCUCUAAAAUUAUUUCACCAUCACUUGUCUCAAGUAAACAUAUUAUGCAAAAUAAUCAGGCACAAAAAGUAAACCAAUGGAAAGAAAAUAUGAUUGAGUCUAAAUCACAAGAUAAUACGCAUACGGAAAUUUUUGCCGAUCAAAACACUGACGUAGAAAAAUCGAAAGAGUCUAAUCAAUCUUUAAUCUCAACAAGUGUUUGUGACAAAACUAAGGAAAAGCAGGACAUUUCAUCUCAAGAUCAAGAUGCACCAAAUUUUGACCAUGACUUUAAUAAAAACUCAUCUAAACUAGAUCAAUAUAAGGAUUCUAUUGAAUUCGAAGAAAUCCCUAGAAAAUCCACAGAUUGUUCAACAAAACGGAAUGUGAGAAUAAAGUUACCCAAUGGUACUGUUUUCCGAGCUACCAUAUCGGGUAAGUUUGACAUAAAUAUUAACUCCAUAUUUUCUGAUCCGCAAAUCAAAAACAUUUUACUCAACGACGUAAGUAAGAGUAAACAUUGUACUCUAAAUGUAAAACAGACGAAAAUUCCUAAUGACGUUGCUUCAAAAGAAACUCUUGUUAAUACUAUAUUAAAUGCAGAUUUUACACUUAAUAAAAAAGAAACUAUAAAUUUAAUCAGUGAUGACGAAAGUGAUGAAUGUCAAAAUAACGUUUUUAAAACAGAAUUCGGAGACUUUAACGUCUCUGCCAAAGAACGUGACAUUAUUGAAAAACAUCAAAAAAGAUUUUCACAAAAAUGCGCAGUAAAAUUAGAAAAUAAUGACUUUAUGAAAAAAGUUAUUGCUGCGAAAGCGUGUUUGAAGUUAAAUUCUGCAUGUGAAAAUUAUCAAACCAAUUUUACUAAACUUGAUGAUUACUCGGUGAUUAAGAAUUCAGGUGAUGAUCGCAUAGACGUCAUAGAAAUAGACGACAGCUCUAGUGGUUCUGAAAUAGAAACUCAGAUUUUACAGCCACUUCGAAAAGACUGCUAUACGUUAAAGCCUAAAUUAAGUGCAGAUCUUGAUUUAUUAAGGGAUUCUAUUAUUAAAGGUCUUAAAUUGUCAAAUACCAAUGACCCUAAUUAUAAAACGAGCAAUGUUAUAAAUACAAUCUCCACUGAUCACAUGUCUAACUUUAGACAAUGUAAAAACACAAUUAAUAUAAAAAAUAAUAUAAGUGAUUCUACCAAUGAUCAUAAGAAAAAUAUUGAAGUACAGAAAUGCUACGUUAAGCUUAUAAGAUGUGACAUUCCAGACGUUUUAUGUAAUUCCUACCAAAACAAUGCCUCAAUUUCGGCAGAUACUACUGAGAAACAGAGAUGUAAUGUCCAUUUCAGUAAGGAAGACAUUGAAAACAAAGACAUAAAAGAUACUAUAGACAAUCACCAUUACAAAAAAUAUGAAAGAGAGUGUGAAGAUGAAACAGUAAUGUCACCUGACAAGUUUUUGGAUGAGUUAGAAGAUAUCAAAGAAAAUUCUAUUUGUUGUAACCAAAAAGCGCCUAAGUGUAAAUCUACCACAGUGUAUACAGGUGACCUUAAUGCAUACAUCUCUGACGACAUUAUAAAACGCGAUGAUGCAAUAAUUAUAUCUGAAUUUGAUAAACUAGACCAUACAAAUGGUCAGAACAACCUUGUGACUUUAACUGACACGUCACUGAACGUUGAUGUAUUUUAUAAGGUUGGAAAAUCAUCAGAACAACAAAACAAUUGUCAAGAACAUAUUAAAGAUUAUAAUGAACAAGUAUUUCAACAGAACCUAUCUAAUAAUAAAGUCGAAAUUGCCAAUAACGCAGACAAAGAACCCAUACAGAUCAAACGAACUGAAGUUUUGGAAACAACAUUUAAAAAGUUUUCAAAGGAAAAUACAAUUAACUACCGCCAAAUUCUCAUUACAGAUACUAUAAAUGAAAAAAUGACCAUUGGACUUCCAACUGAUAAAGAAAAUAAUAAGAGUGAUAUAAAUUUUGAAGAUAAGGUAGUCAUUCAAUUGCACUCUAAUGAAAUAAAUCCAUACAAAUUGAAGGAAGAAAAAGCAACAUCUUUGUACAGUGCAUCAGAAGAAGAGAAGUUGCAAGAAUCACAUAUAAAGGCCACGAAAAUUAUAGAAAAUAAAGAUUCCAUAACAAAAAUAAGUAAUAUUAAUGUAAGUGAUAAACAUAAUGAAGCCCAAACAACUAAGACCCCGAUUCGUUAUUGGGACAACAUGAGUCGUUGCUUAAAGAAGUAUUUUCCUUUAGAAAAGUUAGCUUUAUUAAAGUAUGACUGUAAGGACAAGUCUGUCAUUAUUCAAGGAAAUGUUAAAAAGGAACAUAAAGGUGAAGAUGAAAAAACCGAUUACAUAUUUCAAAAUUACGAAACAGAAGAUGGUCAAGCAUCGCCGUCUAUUUUGGAGAGCUGUGAAUCAAUACCGGUGUUUAAUUUUAAUUCUCUUGAAAACAGUAAAUUUAAAAAUAAAACCUCUGAAGUGGAAAUCUUGAUGUCAUACUGUUGUGCGGAAUGGUUGACAACAAAAGCAUCAAUACGAUUUAAUACAAAAUGUCACGUGCCACAUUUUAUAUUUCCAAUCAACGAUACAAUACUAAAGAACAAUGAAACAGAUACUGAUAUUUAUGAGAAAACAAAGACUAUGUUGAGCGAACGUAGAAUAACGCCUAUUAUUUGUGAUACGGAAUGGCACUUCACCAAAUCUCAAAUGAAGCUUAUUAUUCAAAUAAAUGACAGUAAAUCCUCGAAUAACACAGUGAUAGAUAAACGUUUUACAAAUACCGUCUCUAGCUUAUCAUCGAUUGUUUUUAACUUCUUUUAA